AUUCUCAAUACGAUGUGGAAGAUAGCAGCGUUCUCCUUGGUCCUCGCUGUUAGUGUCAAAUCGAAUGUUGGUGAUUGUGCGUCUAUAUGUGCUGACUUUACCAGACUUCCACAAGUGAAAAUGAAUACUAAUCUCGUAAAAUCUCCGCAUCGUCAUACAAGUGCUACCUUCCUGAAAUGUGUGAAGAUUUGCCUUGGCUGGUCCCUGUGCAAGUCCUUUGACUAUGUCAUGGCUGAACAGCGAUGCACUCUCAACGAGAAGGACGAAACCGAUCUAAAAUCAACAUCAUUGGAGUUCGAAGAAGGGACUAUAUACAGUUCCAUCUCACUGUGGGAAAGACGUUUCUCUGGGGUCUGUGACGGCCAUGUCUGCGCUGACAAUGACUACUGCUAUGUCACCAGAGACGGCACAGCGGACUGUGCACAUUUUCCUUAGUUGAUGUAUCUCGAUCGCGAUUUCUAUUUCUAUUUGCGUGUUUGAACUGUCAGCAAUAUAUAUAAUUCGCCUUGUGGGCCAUUACAUUAUCACAUAUGCAUGGUUGUUUGUUUGUUCAUCUUGUUUGUUCAUUUGUUGGUUGUUUAACGCCGCACUAUUUCAGCUAUA